AUGAGUCAUUUUAUAAGAUACAACGAAACAAGCAAAACAGAAAGAGAGAACGAAAUGGAUUCGAAGACAGUAGUAGCUGAUAAGCCUCAUGCAGUUUGUAUUCCCUCCCCACUUCAAAGCCAUAUAAAGGCCAUGCUAAAAUUUUCAAAGCUUCUCCAUCGUAAAGGUUUUCACAUAACCUUUGUGAACACUGAGUUCAACCACCAACGUUUUCUGAAAUCUGGAUGUCCCAACUCCUUAGAUGGCUUGUCCGACUUCCAAUUCAAAUCCAUUCCAGACGGUCUCCCUCCAUCGGAUUCCAACGCCACCCAAGACCUCCCUUCUCUUGCCGAUUCCAUUAUGAAAAACUUCUUGGCUCCAUUUUCAGAGUUUCUUGUGAAACUCAACACUGCAACUUCCAACAAUCCUCCAGUGACUUGCAUUAUCUCGGAUGGUUUCAUGCCAUUCACUGUCACAGCUGCUCAAGCACUUAAUAUCCCUAUUGUAAUGCUCUUCACUAUCCCUGCUUGCAGCGUCAUGGGUUUGAUGCAGAUUCGUCCCCUCAGGGACAAAGGCCUCACGCCACUUAAAGAUGAGUGCUAUCGAAUAAAUGGGUAUCUAGACACAGUGAUAGACUGGAUUCCAGGUAUGAGAGACAUCUAUCUGAAAGAUCUCCCAAGCUAUGUUCGAACUACAGAUCUAAAUGAUGUUAGCGUCAAGUUCGCCAUUGACACGCUAGAGAGUGCUCCUAAAGCUUCAGGAAUCGUUAUUCACACAUUUGAUGCGUUAGAGCAAGAGGUUUUGGAUGCUCUCUCUCCCAUGUUUCCUCGCGUAUAUGCCAUUGGCCCUCUCCAACUACUUCUCGAUCACUUACCCAAUGACCCUCUAAAAUCAAUUGGGUAUAGUCUAUGGGAAGAAGAAACUGAGUGCCUCCGUUGGCUUAGCACUAAGGCAUCCAACUCAGUGGUGUAUGUGAACUUUGGCAGCAUAGUUGUCAUGACACCGCCGCAGUUAACUGAGUUUGGCUGGGGACUUGCAAAUAGCAAGCACCCAUUUUUGUGGAUAAUUAGGCCAGAUUUAGUUGAGGGUGAAUCAGCGAUUUUUUCGCCUGAAUUCAUGGUAGAAACAAAGGAAAGAGGUCUAAUCGCAGGCUGGUGUCCUCAAGAGGAAGUGCUAAACCACCCCUCAAUUGGAGGGUUCUUAACGCAUUGUGGGUGGAAUUCAAUCAUUGAAAGUGUAUGCGCAGGAGUGCCUAUGCUUUGUUGGCCAUUCUCUGGGGAUCAACAAAUGAACUGCAAGUAUACAUGCAACGAAUGGGGCAUUGGCAUGGAGAUUAAUAAUGGCGCCAACAGAGAGGAAGUAGCAAAGGUUGUGAGAGAGUUGAUGGAGGGAGACAUGGGCAAGAAAAUGAAGAAAAAGAGCAUGGAGUGGAAAAAAUUGGCUGAAGAGGCCACUGGUCCACAUGGUUCUUCCUCCAUCAACUUAAACAAAUUGGAGAAUGAAGUGCUUUUAUCAAAAUGCUAGAUGAAUUUGUAGCAGGUGAUAAUUUCAAAAAAGUGUUGUGAAAGAUGUAUGCUGUCAUUUUUGUUCAAUUUGUUCAUCUUAAUAAACUCCAAAUUGGACCUGUUAUUACUAUUGCUCCACCAUCCUGUGGGCUGAUAAUCAAAUGGAGUAUUUCCUA